AUGUCGAAUGAUAAACUACCAACAUUACCAAAUUCUUUAGAAGAUAUUGAUGCUACAAACAUUCGCCGAGUAACAUUAACUCGUACUGGUGUUGCAGCUCUAUUUGCUCAAUCAUCUUAUGAUAGUGGUGAAAAAGUUUUGACGACAGAUUCAACACGUCUCAAUCGUGAAUAUCGGCCGCCACCAGUGACUCGUUCAUGGUUAACAUCGCAUUCUACAACAUCGAAUAAUACAGCUAGUAGUUCAUUUCGUUCGACAGGUCCAACAGUAGCAGCGCAACGAUCAUCUUUAUUCAGAUAUGUUAUUCAACGUUCAUCAUCAUUUGCUACGACUGCUGUUUCACAAGUUGUGUCAAAUACUCGUCGUCAUACAUUAAAACAAAUACGUUCAAUCUGCAAUCAACAUGAUAAAGUUUCGUCGAUUGAUUCAGAUGUUAUACCAGUUGCAUCAAUAACCGAUUGUUUAGAAGCACCAUCAAUUGCUGCCGUUCAAAUUUGUCGUUCAAUUUCGAUGCCUAAUACAGCUGAUAAAUAUCGUCAACAUUAUAAACAACCACAUUUAUUAGUUAAAAGUGGCGGAAAACCUAUGUAA